AUGCGUACAGUUCAAGGUUAUCAACAACCAUUCACAAGUGAUACGAGUCCUAAACAAACACCACCAAAUACUUUUACUCUUAUAUUUAUCUUGGUCACCCUUCUUGCUGUUGCUUUUGCCCAAACUGCAGACACUACCACUGCCGACACUACUUCUGCCACUACUGCCGACACUACUUCUGCUACUACUGCUGAUACUACCACUGCCUCGACCACUGCUGAUACUACCUCUGCUACCACCGCCUCUACCACUGCAUCAACCACUGCCGACACUACUUCUGCCACUACUGCCGACACUACCUCUGCUACCACUGCCGACACUACUUCUGCUACUACUGCCACUACUACUGCCUCAACCACUGCCGACACUACUUCUGCUACCACUGCCACUACCGCCAUUACUGCUGACACCACCUCUGUUACUACUACCCCAGCUACUACCACUGCCACCUCGACUGCCACUGCCACAUCUACUGCCACAUCAACUGCUACAUCUACUGCCGACACCACCACUGCCGACACUACAACCGACAACACCACUGGUGAUGCUGGUAUGAUCAAGGCCUCAAUGAUUUCAUUGGCUGCCAUUUCAUCCAUUGUACUUCUUUUCUAA